AUGAAGGAGAACAAAUUCGAGAGCUACUUCGGUCGCAAGAUUGCCAUUGACGCCAGCAUGAGCAUUUACCAGUUCCUUAUUGUCGUCGGAAGAAGUGGAACCGAGAUGCUCACUAAUGAAGCCGGUGAAGUUACUAGCCAUUUGCAAGGGAUGUUUUCGCGGACAAUCAGACUUCUAGAAGCCGGGAUCAAGCCACUAUAUAUUUUUGAUGGGAAGCCACCAGAUUUGAAGAGACAAGAGCUGGCAAAACGUUACUCCAAGAGGGCCGAUGCUACUGAAGAUUUAUCAGAAGCCUUAGAGACUGGCAAUAUAGAAGACAUUGAAAAAUACAGUAAACGAACGGUGAAGGUGACAAAGCAACAUAACGAAGACUGCAAAAAACUUUUAAGACUUAUGGGUGUGCCCGUUGUUGAGGCACCCUCAGAAGCAGAGGCUCAAUGUGCUGCACUUUGCAAAGCUGGAAAGGUUUAUGCUGUGGCUUCUGAAGACAUGGAUUCCUUAACAUUUGGAGCUCCUAAAUUUCUUCGCCACCUAAUGGAUCCAAGCUCCAAAAAAAUUCCAGUGAUGGAAUUUGAAGUUGCAAAGAUUUUGGAGGAGCUAAAUCUGACCAUGGACCAAUUUAUUGACUUAUGCAUUCUUUCUGGCUGUGAUUAUUGUGAAAGCAUUCGAGGAAUUGGGGGAUUGACAGCUCUGAAACUCAUACGUCAACAUGGCUCUAUUGAAAAUAUGCUGGAAAAUAUAAACAAAGAGAGGUACCACAUACCAGAUAAUUGGCCGUAUCAGGAGGCUCGGCGACUUUUUAAAGAACCAUUGGUCUUAACUGAUGAAAAGGAACUUGAUAUUAAGUGGUCUGCUCCAGAUGAAGAAGGUUUAAUAACAUUUCUAGUAAAUGAGAAUGGCUUCAACACUGAUAGAGUGACUAAGGCAAUAGAAAAAAUUAAAGCAGCAAAGAGCAAGUCAUCACAAGGCCGAUUGGAAUCAUUUUUUAAGCCAACACCAAAUUCAUCAGUACCAAUCAAACGCAAGGAAACACCAGGGAAAAAUGAUGCUAAAGAGACUAACAAGAAGGCCAAGGGUAGUGGUGUUAGCAUGAAGGAGGAUCAACUUGCAAUACUCACGUGUGUAGUCUUUCAAAUUUGUAUUAUGUCUGACCAUACCAUGAAGCUGGCCAACUUGGUUCUUCUCGUGACUCUGGUUCUUCUCUUAGCCACCUCUAUCUCAUCAGAUCCUGAUCUUCUUCAAGACCUGUGUGUCGCCGACCUUGCCUCAGGUGUGAAAGUGAAUGGAUUCACCUGCAAAGAAGCAUCUAAGGUGAAUGCCUCAGAUUUCUUUUCCAACAUACUAGCCAAACCAGGAGCCACCAACAACACCUUUGGCUCCUUGGUGACUGGAGCCAAUGUUGAGAAAGUCCCAGGACUCAACACACUUGGUGUCUCUGUGUCAAGGAUUGACUAUGCCCCAGAUGGCAUCAACCCUCCUCACACUCACCCUCGUGCCACUGAGAUUGUGUUUGUGCUUGAAGGGCAACUAGAUGUGGGGUUCAUAACCACUGCCAAUGUGCUCAUUUCAAAGACCAUUAACAAGGGUGAAAUAUUUGUGUUCCCAAAAGGCUUGGUUCACUUCCAAAAGAACAAUGCCAAUGUCCCUGCUGCUGUCAUUUCAGCCUUCAAUAGCCAACUUCCAGGGACACAGUCCAUUGCUACAACCUUAUUUGCUUCCACACCAUCACUUCCAGACCAUGUCUUGACCAAGACCUUCCAGGUUGGAACCAAGGAGGUUCAGAAAAUCAAAACUAGGCUUGCACCUAAAAAGUAA